AAAAACAAAUCCGUUGGGAUUUUGAAACUUGGUGAGAGGGAUGAAAAGUGACAGUAAGACCCUUUUGUUUGACUCUCUCUCUCUCUCUCUCUCUCUAUUCUCUCUCACACACAAGACACACACACAGAGACACAUGCGCAGUCUGUGUCUGUAGCUUUGUUUUUUAAUGUCGUUCUUGAAACUGCAAAAAUAUUAAGUUUGCAAUAGGGGCCUCUCUUUCAAUAUCCCAACCCCUUUUCUUCCUUGUUCUCUUCUUCCUUCAUUUCAGCCAUUUUUUGCUCUCAAGACUCCUUUUUCUUCAAUUACUUUUUCCUAGCUUUAUUAGUGCAACAGCCAACAGUGCUGCAGCAAAAGGGCUUUCACAGUAAUACCUUGGAAAUUUAAGGGGCAAAAAAGGAAAAAAAGGAAAGAUGAGUGCUUCAAAGUUCAUCAAAUGUGUGACAGUUGGAGAUGGAGCUGUUGGCAAAACCUGCAUGCUCAUCUGCUACACCAGCAACAAGUUUCCUACUGAUUACAUCCCCACAGUGUUUGACAAUUUCAGUGCUAAUGUGUCUGUAGAUGGCAACAUUGUCAACUUAGGACUGUGGGAUACUGCUGGUCAAGAAGACUACAGCAGGUUGAGGCCACUGAGUUACAGAGGUGCAGACAUAUUUGUUUUGGCUUUCUCUUUAAUCAGUAGAGCUAGCUAUGAAAAUGUCCUCAAGAAGUGGAUGCCGGAACUUCGCCGGUUUGCGCCCGACGUUCCAAUUGUGCUCGUCGGGACUAAAUUAGAUCUUCGAGAAGACAGAGGAUACCUAGCUGAUCAUAUGGGAUCUAAUAUCAUCACAACUGCCCAAGGGGAGGAGUUGAGGAAACAAAUUGGUGCAGCAGCUUACAUAGAAUGCAGCUCAAAGACUCAGCAGAAUGUGAAAGCUGUUUUCGAUACUGCAAUUAAGGUUGUUCUUCAACCUCCUCGGAGAAAGGAAAUGGCGAAGAAGAAACGACAUAGAAGUAGUGGCUGCUCCAUUGUCAGGGGAGUCGUCUGCUGCGGUUGUGUUGCUUAGCGAAUUUCGGUUUUUUGAUUUAAUUUUAGUAGCUAUUAUAAAUUAAGCUGGACUUACUUCUUGUUACUGUCUUUAAAAUUGUGUAUGUAUCUAUGUAUGUAUUUGUGUGUUGUUUUGAUGCUGCUAACCAAUGGAAUUGUUCGGUUAGCCUCUCGCUUCGAAACUUUAUUACCGUUAUCUAAAUGAUGUAUUUCGGGUUUAAAUUAUUUAUUGCACAUUUUUUUCCCCUUAAUA